UUCUCCUCCUGCAGCCUCCUCUGGUCCUCUCCCAAAGCCAACAGCAUGAAUCAAAGUGUCUGGAGCAAAGGCAUGUAUCCUUUCACCACAGAGCACCUGCCCUCUUUCCAAACUGACCCCAAGCUGUCAGAUUCAGAUGCAUCCGGUACCUCUGUGACCUUAUGCCAAGGCAGUGACAACAUGGAAACGAUAAAAGACAGUGUGUAUUACAGCAGAGACGCUGGUUCGAGUUUGAUGUGUCCCGGCCAGCUGGAGCUCGAUUUGUCCAGAGACCAGAGCACCACUGGACAGCUGUCAGCGAGAAGGCAGCCGUCUCCUUCACCCACUUCUUACGGUCACCAUGACUGGAGCCUAAACAGCGGCCAUCAAGCGAAGCGAGCCCGAGUAGAAAAUAUCAUCAAAGGCAUGACCAGCUCUCCUGGUAUGUACUGUACAGACGUGACGACAAAUCAGCACGAGGAGACCAACCGCAUGCAGGAAGGCGAAAUGAUUCAAGAGCUGCCUUUAGAUCAGAAGCACGUGGAAAGAAAUGAACCUCACAGCCCGAGAGAAAGCAAGGCAACGAGACAGCUGCUUGAGAGACAGGGUCAGCUCCUCAGACCAAGGUUCACCUACGUGGACGGAGAGACUGAAACUACAAACAUGGAGGAGAAAUAUCCCAGCUGGAGCGAUUCUCCUGAAACAUCUCCGAGUGAUACCUAUGCCGAUGCGUACAGUGAGUUUGAAAGCGGCGCGAGUAGAAAAUAUCAAGGGUGGAAGAAGGUGAAGCUGAUGAAUUAUUUCCAGUCCAAACCAGAGCGAUUAAAGCUGAUGGCAGAUGUUUUAAAGUACGAGCUGUCCAGAGCUGUCAGCAGGAGCGUCGACUCCAUUUUCAAAAGCAUGCCGCUUCUGCACGCAGCUUCAAGCGACGUGGGGAACGUGGAGACCGGCAUGCCUCUUCAGCCGCCGGCGUGCAGAGACAAUAAAUUAAAGCUUUCUUGUUGCGGGGCUGCACAGGCGCAGGUCCCGGAUGUCCAAACGGAAGCUCUGUCUCUGGUCGUGCAAAAACCCGACAUGGGACCAUGCGACAAGUUUGACCUCCAGCCCAGGCCCAGAGCUCACCAUCACCCAAAAUCUCCAACCCCCUUCAGCCAUGACUCCAUUCUGCGCGAAGGUCAAGUAGCGGAGAAGGCCCACGGCGCCGAUCGACGGCACGCUCUCAGAUGCUUGCAGGACGGGUGCUCCGAAGUCGCCCAGUCGAGGUUUGAGGCGUUUGACGCGCACUGGAAUGCGGUGAAAGUGAGAUCGAAGGUCAACUCCAGGUCCACGAGAAGCCCUCAGACUCACAGUUUGACGAUGAACCCGGUGCUUUUGGAGACCUUCUGUCUGCCCCACGUGAAGAUAGAGUCUGACACCUUGGUGAAAAAUAACCUGUACAUGCUGAAUGAGGGUCUGACCACAAACCAUCUGAAGAAAGCAAAGCUCAUGUUCUUCUACACCCGCUACCCGAGCUCACUGGUGCUGAAGAUGUGCUUCCAUGAUGUGCAGUUCACGCGCUGCAUCACCUCCCAGCUCAUCAAGUGGUUCAGCAACUUCCGAGAGUUCUACUACAUCCAGAUGGAGAAGUUCGCCCGGCACGCUCUCAUGGACGGAGAGUCUGACGUGAGGCCUCUGACUGUGGGGAGAGAAUCAGAACUUUUCAGAGCUCUCAACAUGCACUACAACAAGGCCAACGACUUCCAGGUGCCCGACAGAUUCCUGGAAGUGGCCGAGAUUACACUGAGAGAGUUUUAUAUUGCCAUUUCAAUGGGCAAGGAUCGUGAUCCUUCCUGGAAAAAAGCAAUCUACAAGGUGAUCUGCAAACUGGACAGUGACGUACCAGCCGAAUUCAAAAGUCACCACUCUGGGUAAGAAUCAACCAGAAGACGCCACGUGCCAACAGUGGUUACUGUCACAGCGUGGACGCAUGUUUUCAAAGUAAAAACCGUGUUGUAAAACAGGUGCAUUGUCUGGUAAGUUAAGUACAUGCCUGAACAUCUCUAGUCUCGGUAGACGUUUCAGACUAAUGGUAUAUCCCAUUAUCACAGAUAUCACUCGUGGUUAUUGUUGUGUUUUUGGGGUCAUUUGACAUUAAGUGCAUUUUGCUAUAGCAGCCUUAUCAUAUAGCAUGAACACAUAUUUUGCAUGGUUGAAAACGUUUUAGUGAAUUAUCUUGAAGUUGCACACAGUUUUUUGGAAGCAUAUUAAUGGAAUAAGCACAAAAAUAAGGUUCACACCAAGAAAGAAAAAAAUGUUUAAUAUUUUCCAGAGCUCACUGACAUUUUAUAUGAAUGUACAUGAUAUACAAAACACAUAUUACUUAAAUUAUAAAGUUACUCAAUCAGAAGAUUCCCUUCAUUUUGUAUGUCUUAUCUGAUUUGCCUUUUAAAAACAGCAUUGUUUGUCUCUUCCAUACUUACCAUUACGGAUCCUUCCAUUCGUCCACUCCCAAAUACUGUGACUGGGUGUCCACUCGCAAAUUGUCUUCAUCAGGAGUGAUGUGUUAGGUCAUAUCCGACCAUCUUUAUCUUCAAUUACUCCAGUAACUGUGUACAUCCAGAUGAAAUUUUCAGACAGGUGGGUGCUUGGUUGAACAGGUGCAAAGUUUGUAGAUAUAUAUAUUGUAAUAUUGUGUUGUAGCGUGUUAACUAUGACAAUCAAACUCAUUGGCUAAUGUAAAUACUAGCUCUCACUCUAUUAAGUAUCCUAACCACUUUUUACCUACCAAUACUAAGUUCUUCGGUUUAAGUAAGGGAUGCCAUCUUUUUUCAUAAUUCUAAUAAGUCAAAAACUGAAAUCUGUCAUUUAAAAGUGAAAGUGAGUCAGCACAAAAAGUCACUCACAUUAAAGUAGUUGUUUUGAGAGAAAUUUUGCACUUUAAAAUGAAAAGCUUAAGACUUUGGAUUUCAGUAGCAUUGUGGAGGUUGCACUUUUUCUAAAAGUUCUGUUAAGAUCUUCAUAAACAUGCAUACAUUUUUUUUAAAUUUCUAAAUGGAAAAUGGUGUUUCCGGGAGCAGUAAUUCAAUAAAUGGAAAAUGGAAGAAGUUUGGUACCAACAUCACUCUUAAUAGAUUCAGUCAUCUGGUCAAACUGAAUAUCAAUAUGGUCCAUAGCCAGGUUGGUUACCAAGAAGCCAACAGCCCUCUAACAGAGCAUAAGAAGUCCUCCCUUGGAGAGUCCUCUGGGCAGACGGUAUGAACCUAAUGACAGCCUGCCCUGAAAGGACUGAGAGCAUAAAGGCAAUAUGUGGACAAAUCGAACCAUACUUUUGUUGGUGACAACACUAAUCUGACAGUGCUCGGGAGGAUAUGCCAGGAAGAAUGACAUAAACUCUCCAAAUCCAAGUGUUAAAAGCUUGUAGAAAAUGAGUGAAGAAGGGAAUUCAACCAACUUUUAGUAAACAUGCAAACGUUUCUAAAAACAAUCGUCACUGUUAAAUGUGGGACAUUUUCUCAUUGAUUUUUUUUUUCUUUUU